CUGCACAUUAACCAGGCUCCGUCUCUCAAAUCACUAUCUCGACUUCAAGCAAUCGAUCUCCCGUAAUUUAUGCCAAUACAGAUCGAAAUUUUAAGUCGACAACACCAUGGAUUAUUUCGAAACAUCGACACAGAUGCUAUCUGAUGAGGGAAUGUUUUCUGAAGACGUUACCAUGGUAACGGGGACGGAUAACUGGACGACCACCGAUCAAUACCUUCCUCCGCCACCGCCUGCUUACAUUGCAGCCUUGAAAAGAGCAAACAAGUAUACUUUGAUCACAAUCCUUAUCUUCCUCAUGCUAGCAAUGGGCUGCGUGGUAAAACCAAGCGAUUUUAAAGAAGUGUUACGCGUGCCGAAGAGUGUACUGAUCGGGAUGUUAUGCCAGUUCGUCUUGAUGCCACUGUCUGCUUUCUGCCUUGCUCUCGCCCUGUCCUUACCGGCGCCCAUGGCGUUAGGGGUACUCGUCAUGUCGUGUUGCCCUGGAGGAACCGUCUCCAACCUCUUCACCUUCUGGACAAAGGGAGAUGUAUGUCUAAGCAUCACAAUGACGACCAUCUCGACGAUAGCUGCCAUUGGGCUCAUGCCUCUGAACCUGUUCAUCUACAGCCGCAGAUGGACCGAUGACAAUGCCGUCAUCCCCUUCGUCAGCAUCAUCACCGCUUUGGUGUCCAUCGUGAUCCCAGUAACGAUUGGGAUGAUCAUCCGAUGGAAGAGAAUAGAGUGGACUUCGUUCAUUUCAAAGGUUGGGAGCAUCCUAGGCCUUCUGGGAAUAGCCAUAACCAUCACCCUCACGGCAAUCAUCAACCCCGGGAUGUACUCCGUCUCCUGGCAAGUUUGGAUCUGCGUCCUCACCCUCCCUGCCUUGGGCGCCACCCUCGGUUAUCUCCUCUCCUGGGCCCUACGCCGCCCGCCCGCACACUGUCGUACCAUCGCUUACGAGACGGGUCUCCAGAACGUCUCCCUGGCCCUGACCCUGAUCGUCCUGACGUUCGAAGGAUCACCCAUCAUGUUUCAAGUCUUCACCUACCCGUCCCUCUACGGCCCCGUCAUGAUGGUAGAAGGACUCCUCGGGGUCGUGGUCUACAAGAUCGUGGUGAGACGUACCGGCGGCCACGAAGGCGGACCCGUCGCCGACAACGGUUGGAUGAAGAAGGACAUCAACUCCGAAGACGCAUGCUCUGCCCUCGAUUCCAAAAUCUAAUGCUAUUGUCACAACCAACGAAACCGACUCCAAACCAAUCCGAUGAUAUUGACCUGAUGACAUAAUGCUUAUCAUAGAAAGUAAUAUUAUCCCAGAUAGCAAAGUAUCUGGGGCCCAUAUGGGAAUCAUGUGGGCCUACUGGGGCCAUGCGUACCAUGUAAAACCAAUAUGUGGCCC